AUGUUCAGCUGUAGAAACGUGAGCGUCGUGCCUGGCCCGCUGGACCCUGCGUCAUUCCCCAGAUUCUCUCAACUCCAAAACCUUUCCACCAACCCUUCACGCAAUCAGGAAGAACCAUCCAUGUCCACGCCUGCCCCCUCCAACGACGACGACGACGACAUGUUCGCGGCGCCUGUGAACCGUGCUAUGAAGGUGCUGGAUCGCAGCUUCUUCCGCAAGACCAUCCCCACCUCGGCCGCUCGCAUCUUCAACCCAAAGGAUAUCUCGCGCUGCCGCAAGGAAUUGACUGCAGGUCACGAUACCCUGCCGACGAAUCGCGUGGAUCCCAUCAGGCCAGACCCAGAUACCGAGUUUGCACAAAAGGGCACCAAGUGUCUGUUGUUGCGCCCAGAAGUCGUCCACAGUGAUCGAACAACAUGGAGCAAUAAUCUGCGCAAUCUCGAGCAGCAGGGCACGCUUGGUGUCAUCCCAUAUCAGCUGCAGCUCGACUACGACUAUUUCACCUACUCCGAGAUCACUUCCGCCAUCAUCCCCGCACCAGAGAAGAAGAACGACGACGAGAUACCCCAGGGCUUCGCGCUCGCCGGGCACGUGGCCCAUCUAAACCUCCGUGAGCGCUAUUGGCCCUAUAAACACCUUAUCGCGACCGUACUCGCCGACAAGAACCCCAGUGUCAAGACUGUCAUCAACAAGCUGGAUAAUGUGGGCAGCGAGAACGCAUUUCGAACCUUCCAGUAUGAAGUGCUUCACGGACCGGAUGACCUGAACGUCGAAUUGCGCGAACAAGGCUGUACAUUUAGAUUCGACUUCGCCCAGGUGUACUGGAACACGAGACUACAGACCGAGCACGAGCGUCUGUGCAGCCUCUUUCAGGAGGGCGAAGCCAUAUGCGAUGUCAUGGCCGGUGUAGGCCCCUUCGCCGUCCCAGCAGGCAAGAAAAAAUGCUUUGUCUGGGCCAAUGACUUGAACCCAGAGAGUUUCAAGUCUCUCCAAGGCAACAUCAAGAUCAACAAAGUCGGCGACUACGUACAGCCCUUCAACACCGACGGCGGAGCAUUCAUAAAACAAUCUGCAAUAGACCUACUGAAGAGCGAGCCCCACUCGGUCCCCAUAUACCCAAAGACAAAGUUCUCCAGGUCGGCACCAGAGACCAACAAGAAACCUGAGCCACUCAAGACCCUCGUCCAACCACGCUUCUUCUCACACUACGUCAUGAAUCUGCCCGCCUCCGCCAUAACCUUCCUCCCCAACUUCAUCGGUCUGUACGCCAAUGUACCGGGCAUGCCUGCGGAGGACAUCAAGAAGCUACUCGCCCCCCACACCAGCCAGAAACUACCCAUGAUCCACGUCCACUGCUUCAGCACCAAAAGCGAAGACAAUCUCGCCGAGACAAAGGAAAUUUGUGCGGAAAUUAGCAGGCAAAUCGGACACGAUAUCACGCCUGACACUCCCGAGGUAACCAUCUGGGAUGUCAGGGAUGUGGCGCCCAAGAAGAGGAUGUUUUGCGCGAGCUUUAGAUUGCCAGAGGAAGUUGCCUUCCGCCAUGUUUCGUCGUGA